GCCUUAUCAAGCCAAACAUAGUAACCACAAGUGUCCAUGUCGCAGGGUAUACUUGAAAACGGACAGGAAAUAGUAGUGAAAAAACUUUCAAAAACUUCCACACAGGGCUUUGAGGAGUUCAAGAAUGAGGUUACACUCACAGCAAAACUGCAACAUGUUAAUCUUGUGAGAGUUUUGGGAUUUUGCAUCGAAAGGGAUGAACAAAUGCUGAUCUACGAAUACAUGCCUAACAAAAGCUUGGACUUCUACCUAUUUGAUCCGGCAAGAAGAUUUCUUUUGGAUUGGAGUAAACGCGUUCAAGUCAUUGAAGGGAUUACUCAAGGACUUCUAUAUCUCCAAGAAUACUCAAGAUUGAGAGUAAUUCAUCGAGAUCUGAAAGCCAGCAAUAUUUUACUUGACAACGAGAUGAAGCCUAAGAUAUCAGACUUCGGUAUGGCAAAGAUUUUCGCGAAAGAUGAACAUGAAGCAAACACCGACCGGAUUGUUGGAACAUAUGGCUACAUUCCUCCUGAAUAUGCUAGACAAGGUUUAUAUUCAACCAAAUAUGACGUUUACAGCUUUGGAGUUUUGCUGCUGCAAAUCAUAAGUGGCAAGAAGAAUGCCUACUGCUAUGGAUUGGAGGAAGAUUUAAACCUCCUAGACUAUGCAUAUGAACUGUGGAAAUCAGGAAAAGGCGUGGAGCUAAUGGACCCAUCGCUGGAUGAUUCAUUUUCAUCAUGCAAAUUAAUCACAUGCCUGCAAACAGCUCUUUUGUGUGUUCAGGAAAAUGCAAGUGAUAGGCCAUCCAUGUCGAAGGUGUUUUCAAUGCUAAGAGGUGAAACUGCUGCUCUCACAGUCCCAAAAAGGCCAGCUUUUUCUACAAAAAGAAAUGAAGAUCAUGAGGGCAAUAAAUCUGAAUUACAACAAGAAAACUGCUCCAUCAACGAUACGACAAUCUCCCAAAUGGUAGCCCGAUAAUUAAUUAUGGACAUCUUUCCGGAGGGAGAGGUUCAUAAUGGGUGGAAGAUUUACUUUAUUAUUACUACACUAAGAAAGUUUAUUUUAUUAUUACUUUUUUAUUGCUACGAAUAAGUAAUAAUCAUACGGUUGUGUAAAAAUCUAAAAAUCUGGCUCUGGUAAUGACUAGCACCGUUUGAGUCGGAGUUGGAGUUCUUUUUUGCUUUUCUAGUCGGAGUCGGAUUUGUAGCCUAACGGACUCCGCCUCUGACUUUAACCUCCACCUCCGAUU